AUGGGCUGUGUGCCCUGUAAAGAGAAGGCAGGAUCAGACACCAAGCUCGAGGCCUUCAAUGAGGACAAUGCCCAGGAAGGUCAAGGCUCUGGGGACCGUUAUGGCCCCGAUCCCACCAGGGCCACCUCCUCUUCCUCCUCCCACAUUCCCAACUUCAGUAAUGUCUCCCAACAACCAGUCAGCAUGCCACACUUCCUGAAUCCCAUCCCCACAAAGCCGGGGGGCAUUGCAGGGGCUGGAGUAACUCUGUUUAUAGCCCUGUAUGGAUAUGAGGCCAGAACAGAGGACGAUCUCACCUUCACGAAAGGAGAAAAAUUCCACAUCCUCAACAACACUGAGGGCGACUGGUGGGAGGCCAGAUCCCUGAGCUCCGGACGUACUGGAUACAUCCCCAGCAACUACGUGGCGCCUGUGAACUCCAUCCAGGCAGAAGAGUGGUACUUUGGGAAGAUAGGUCGGAAGGAUGCAGAAAGGCAGCUGAUGAGCCCCAGCAACCUCCAAGGAACCUUCCUUAUCCGAGAAAGCGAGACCACCCCAGGGGCCUAUUGUUUGUCCAUUCGGGACUGGGAUGAGAAAAAGGGGGACCAUAUAAAACAUUACAAGAUCCGGAAACUGGACAAUGGCGGGUAUUAUAUCACCACUCGGGCCCAGUUCGAUUCUGUCCAGGAGUUGGUACAGCACUAUAGUGACUUCAACGAUGGACUGUGCCACCUACUCACAAAGCCAUGUGCCAUCAUGAAACCAGGAACCUUAGGCUUGGGGAAAGAUGCCUGGGAGAUCAGCAGAGACUCCAUUACCCUGGACAAAAAACUGGGCAUGGGCUGCUUCGGGGAUGUGUGGAUGGGCACUUGGAAUGGUUCCAUCAAGGUGGCGGUGAAGACACUGAAGCCCGGCACAAUGUCUGCGCCAGCUUUCCUGGAGGAGGCCCAGAUCAUGAAAAGGCUACGUCAUGACAAGCUGGUGCAGCUCUAUGCUGUGGUGUCUGAGGAGCCCAUCUACAUCAUCACAGAGUUCAUGAGCCAUGGGAGCCUGCUGGAAUUCCUCAAGGAUGGUGAAGGCCAAGCCCUGAGGCUGCCCCACCUAGUGGACAUGGCAGCUCAGGUGGCUGCAGGCAUGGCCUACAUGGAACGUAUGAAUUAUAUUCACCGGGAUCUCCGGGCAGCCAACAUCCUUGUCGGGGAAAACUUGGUGUGCAAGAUUGCCGACUUUGGACUAGCACGGCUCAUUGAAGAUAACGAAUACAACCCCCAUCAAGGUGCCAAGUUUCCCAUCAAGUGGACUGCUCCAGAGGCUGCACUCUUUGGCAGGUUUACCAUCAAGUCUGACGUCUGGUCUUUUGGGAUCCUGCUCACUGAACUCUUCACCAAGGGCCGGAUCCCCUACCCAGGUAUGAAUAACCGAGAGGUGCUGGAACAGGUAGAACAAGGGUAUCGCAUGCAGUGCCCACCAGGAUGCCCAUUUUCUCUGUAUGAAAUCAUGGAACAGUCAUGGCGUCACACUCCUGAGGAAAGGCCUACUUUUGAAUACCUCCAGUCCUUCCUUGAGGACUACUUCACAUCCUCUGAACCUCAGUACCAACCAGGUGAUGAGUCCUAA